UCAAAAGCCUCCGUCAGUUGUUCCUUGGCCCGUAAAGGGAGCUGGAAGGCGCUGGCUGGGGACCGGCCAGAGGGGCGAGGGGCGCAAGGGACCGGGCCUGCGGCGGGAGCCACCCCGCUCUGACGUCCCCGCGCCUCCAGGUGCCGUGGUUGCUGCGCCCGCCGCCCGCAUGGCCCUGAGAGGCGUCUCCCCGCGGCUGCUGAGCCGCGGACCCGUCCUGCGCUUGCUGCGCGGAUGGGGCUCGGCCGCGGCGCUGACCGAGAAGGGCGGGAAGACUCAGAGCCGACCGGACAAAUCCUUGCGCCCUGAGUUUGACUGGAGGGACCCGCUGGUGCUGGAGGAGCAGCUGACAGCUGAUGAGAUCCUCAUCAGGGACACUUUUCGCACCUACUGCCAGGAGCGCCUGAUGCCUCGCAUUCUGCUGGCCAAUCGCAACGAAGUUUUUCACCGGGAGAUCAUCUCGGAGAUGGGGGAGCUUGGUGUGCUGGGCCCCACCAUCAAAGGGUAUGGCUGUGCUGGAGCCUCAUCUGUGGCUUAUGGGCUCCUGGCCCGGGAACUGGAGCGGGUGGACAGUGGCUACAGGUCAGCAAUGAGUGUCCAGUCCUCUCUUGUCAUGCACCCCAUCUACGCAUAUGGCAGCAAAGAGCAGCAGCAGAAGUACCUGCCCCGACUCGCCAAAGGGGAGCUCUUGGGCUGCUUCGGGCUCACAGAACCCAACCACGGGAGUGACCCUGGCAGCAUGGAGACCAGAGCCCGCCACAACCCGUCCAGCGGGAGCUACACCCUCAAUGGGGCCAAGACAUGGAUCACCAACUCGCCUGUGGCCGACCUGUUUGUAGUGUGGGCUCGGUGCGAAGAUAAUUGCAUUCGGGGCUUCCUGCUGGAGAAGGGGAUGCAGGGCCUCUCGGCCCCCAAGAUCCAGGGCAAGUUCUCCCUGCGGGCCUCAGCCACGGGUAUGAUUAUCAUGGACGGUGUGGAGGUACCAGAGGAGAACGUGCUGCCCAAUGCCUCCGGGUUGGCGGGUCCCUUCGGCUGCCUAAACAACGCCCGGUAUGGCAUUGCCUGGGGUGCACUUGGAGCUGCUGAGUUCUGUUUGCACACAGCCCGGCAGUACACCCUGGACAGGAUACAGUUUGGCGUCCCACUGGCCAGGAAUCAGCUGAUUCAGAAGAAGCUGGCGGACAUGCUCACUGAGAUCACACUGGGCCUUCAUGCCUGCCUGCAGCUUGGCCGCUUGAAGGAUCAAGACAAGGCCACUCCGGAAAUGGUGUCCCUGCUGAAGAGGAAUAACUGUGGGAAGGCCCUGGACAUCGCCCGCCAGGCCCGAGACAUGCUGGGGGGAAAUGGGAUUUCUGAUGAGUAUCACGUGAUCCGGCAUGCCAUGAACCUGGAGGCUGUGAACACCUAUGAAGGUACUCAUGACAUUCACGCUUUGAUCCUCGGAAGGGCAAUCACAGGGAUCCAGGCAUUCACAGCCGGCAAGUGAAUACACUUCACCCAGGAGCCUGGAUGGUACCGAACCCCUUCCCAGGGAGCGGCUGUGCUCUGCGCUUACUCAGGGAGGUGGCAGAUGGAGCCAAUUUUUAUGUUGGGAGGUGAGAGACACUGAUUUUUAAAUUACAAAAUUUCCCUUUUGAAGUCACUCAUAUGUGCUCCUUAUAAAGAAGACGGACUCUGUACCAAGUUUCUCAAUCCAGUGGACCCCACUUAGCUUGGAACAGAAGCUUCUCUUGACAGGAAGCAGGGAAAAGAAAGUGACACAGAAGCAACCUCUGUGAGACCUGAUCUGGUGUCUGACGGAGCAACCACCCUCCCUCUGAGUUUCCUGUGUACCCUCUGACCUUCCCAUCUGGGGGAUAAGUGCCUUAUGCUGACGUUGGGGCAGAAUGUGGGGGGGAGAAUAAUAAAGAGGGGGGCCAUGGGGGUGGAAAUUGGGGACAUCUGUAAUACUAUAAAAAAAAGAGCUGCAUGUCUGAUCCUCAGUGUUGGGCCACAUUUACUUGUAACCACUACACGAGUAGUCCUUUCAGUCACAGGGAAAUGAACAUGAGUGGGGGCUGGGAGGUACUCAUGUGGGAAUUUCUUGUGCCCCCACAGUGACCUGGCCCUUGUCUGCAUCUCUGCCUCUGCCGUAAUAAGUAAACCUGGUUAGGCACUGCUCGGGGCUGUGGGUGGAGGGGACUUUGUCCUUUCUAUCACCACAGAGCUGGCCGCACGGGAGUGGGAAAUAACAGUGGGCUGGCUUCUCAGCUCCAACCCCCAUGUUUACAGGAGAGUAUGGCGCCACAGCGAGAUGGCAGGAGCACCCGCUUCUGUUACAUUUACUUUCACCUCAGCCCCUAUGACUCCCCUCAGGCAGAGCCUCCUGUAUGGGUGUAGUCAUACCUCUGGCUGGACGCACAGGUCUUGGAAGUCUUUGUACACGGUCUCCACAGUGUGGCACACUUGUUUGAGCUCUGUUUCCAAAUGGCUGAUCUUUGCCAUUUUCUGGGUGAACUCUUGGAGCUUUUCCUGAAUGAUCUUGUUGUGGUGAUUAUAAAGUUGAUACAUCCUCUCCUCUAGCUUCUCUGUCAGAUCUGAAACCUUUUAAACAAUAUGACAUGUUUUUGAAAAAAUCAAACCAGAGGCAUCAUAAGACGUGUGUUUUAGUGGCUCCCUAAGAUUUCUGCAGUUUAUCAUUAAAAAUUGUUAAAAAAAAAAAAAAAAAAAAAAAAAAGGGCCGGCCUGUAUGGCUCUGUGGUUGAGCAUCUACCUAUGAACCAAGAGGUCACCGGUUCAAUUCCAGUCAGGGCACAUGCCCUACUUGCGGGCUCAGUCAAUGAUGUUUCUCUUUCAUCAAUGUUUCUUUUUAAAAAUUAUAUUUGUAUUGACUUCAGAGAGGAAGAGAUAGAAACAUCAAUGAUGAGAGAGAAUUAUUGAUCAGCUGUCUCCUGCAUACCCCCUACUGGGGAUCGAGCCUGCAGCGUGGGCAUAUGCCCUUGACUGGAAUUGAACCUGGGACCCUUCAGUCCCGCAGGCUGACACUAGCCACUGAGUAAAACCAGCUAGGGCCAAUGUUUCUAUUUAUCCCUCUCCCUUUAUCUCUAAAAUCAAUAAAAACACAGUUUUUAAAAAUGGUAAAAAACAACUCCAGUGAGUAGGAGUGAAAAUUGCCUAUAUUAAGAAAAAAAUUUUAAAGCAAGAUCGCAAAAUGAUGUAUACAGUAUAGGCUCCACCAGGUUAAAAAGAAAGUACACAACAGAGACUAGAAGAAAAUAUGCAACAAAGUAGCCUCUGGGUGGUGGGAUCAUAGGAAUGUUUUUAUAUUUUUUUCUGCUAUGUUAUGCUCUAUUUAAUUUGCUAUGUGUACUGGUAGAGAUGGGAGGGGGCAAAAAAGGUGGGGAAAAGUCAGCCUGUUGUCAAGAGAUGUCCUACUCCUGAGAUUCCAUGUGCAUUCUGAAGAAGCAUCAGGGAUAAUCAUUAACACUGUACCUGAACAUAACAGCUUUGUUAGACAUAAGCCCUGGUCAUGUUGAGGGAUCUCUACUCUGCCACCAAAGCCAUUUGACUUCUGGAGGAAAAAUGGUUGUGUUAACACAGACUAUGCCUCAAUCCUCUACUCCCAAUAGCCAUUAGUCCUGGUGUGUAAUAAGGUGGCUGGACUGUGGGUGCAGCUAGACUUCGGUCUCUCAUUCUGAAAAAUUAUUUCUAAACCUUACUUUUCCCAUCUAUAAAAUGGGUCCAUUCUUUGCAGAGCUGUUGGAAGGGUAAAAUGAGGUACCAAAUGCAAAUUGCCUGGCACCAUGCUGGGACCAUAACAUACUCCGCAGUGGUUCAUUCUCCUACCCUUCACCUUUUACAUAAGGACUUUCCCUGCCCCACCCACUGGGGUUUUGCAGUGUGUGUGGGGGGAAAUCUUGUCACCUUGAUCUUGAGGCUGUCCCUGAAGUUGGUCAUGAGUGCAUGGUCCUUCUGCCUGCUCUCAUUGAUGUUUUCGAUCAGCUCCUGGGUCCUCUUCUUCAGGAUCUCAAUGCUAGAGUCCAGAGAUGAAAAGUAGGGUCCCAACUUCCCUUCUAGCAUCAUCAGCUGGCGAUUGGCACUGGAGGUGGCGACAGAAGGGCUAGAAACCUGACUUUUGAAAGUAUAGGAAACCGAGGUCAGCCCCAAAUUCUCCCCAGAGUGGCUGACAUGAAUUAGCUCCAUGGUGGGAGAAGAAACAGUGUUGUGUAUCUCCCGUGGGUGAUGCUUGGUUAUUUCAUGCACCAGUCCUGCCCUGAGAGGCAGGGAUGACAUCCCUAUUUUAUAACUAAGAAAACAGACCCGAAGGCACACACAAGGCCUGCCCAAAUUUCCAGAACAAGAAAAUCUGCCUGCCCCCGAAACACAUAGUAAUUUUGUAACAUCAACUUGCUGUUCUGAAAUGAGCAUCAAUAAUUCUAUUUAUAAAUAGUAUAGAUCAGGGGUCCUUAAACUACAGCCCGCGGGCCACAUGCAAAUACAAAUAUUGUAUUUGUUCUCGUUUUGUUUUUUUACUUCAAAAUAAGAUAUGUGCAGUGUGCAUAGGAAUUUGUUCAUAGUUUUUUUUAAACUAUAGUCUGGCCCUCUAACGGUCUGAGGGACAGUGAACUGGCCCCCUGUUUAAAAAGUUUGAGGACCCCUGGUAUAGAUGCUUUCUUAGAUGGAUCUUCCUGUCACCAACCUGCUGUAUUCCUUUCUAAAUCUUUUGGGUGAUGUCUGCAGCCUGCAAUCCAUCUGGGGUUUAGUGUACCUGCAGGACUCUGCUCCCACUAGAUGAGGCAGCCAGUCAAGAAUUAUGUUAAAAGAUUUUUUUAAAUGCACAAAAAAAUUUAGUUAUGUUUGUACACUGUACACAUAACUAUAGUAAUCUAAUUCAAUUAAAUGUCAUGUUAGUAAAAUGGUAAAAAAGUGACGGCUGUCUAAUAAAGCUAAAUUGAAUGAAUAAAAGUGAGUCUAAUUUUUAAAAAAAUAUUAAAUCAGGUAUGGGGAGACAACUAUAGAUUGGAACAAAGAUCAUAAACAUCUAGAAGGAUCUGGCCAAUGUUGCUCAGUGGUUGACCUAUGAACCAGGAGGUCAAGGUUUAAUUCCUGAUCAGGGUAUUUGCCUGGGUUGUGGGCCCGAUUCCUCGUAUGGAGCGUGCAAGAGGCAGUGGAUCAAUGAUUCUCAUUGAUAUUUCUAUCCCUCUCUACUUAUUCCUUCCUCUCUGAAAGCUAUAAAAAUAUAUUUAAAAUAAAUAAUGUUUUAAAAUCUUG